CUAGGACCGUCGCUUCCGGCCGCGGCGGCCCUAGCGCCGCGCGACGGGGUAGAUCGUCGGGUUUUGAGCGGAAUGCGGUGCUGAGGGGCGAGGGACCCCCGCUCCCCCCGCGACGGCACCAUGAACCUUCUGCCGUGUAACCCCCAUGGCAACGGGCUGCUGUAUGCCGGCUUCAACCAGGACCAUGGUUGUUUUGCAUGUGGAAUGGAAAAUGGAUUCCGAGUCUAUAACACCGAUCCGCUCAAAGAAAAAGAGAAACAAGAAUUUUUAGAAGGAGGAGUUGGCCACGUGGAAAUGUUAUUUCGCUGUAACUAUUUAGCUUUAGUUGGUGGUGGAAAAAAGCCGAAAUAUCCUCCCAACAAAGUGAUGAUCUGGGAUGACCUGAAGAAGAAGACAGUCAUCGAGAUAGAGUUCUCCACGGAGGUCAAAGCUGUCAAGUUGCGGAGAGAUAGAAUUGUUGUGGUUCUGGACUCCAUGAUUAAGGUGUUUACAUUCACACACAAUCCCCAUCAGCUGCACGUCUUUGAAACCUGCUAUAACCCUAAAGGUCUCUGUGUCCUGUGUCCCAACAGUAACAACUCCCUUCUCGCCUUCCCCGGCACUCACACCGGCCACGUACAGCUUGUGGACCUGGCCAGCACCGAGAAGCCACCAGUGGACAUUCCUGCACAUGAGGGCGUCCUGAGCUGCAUUGCUCUCAACCUGCAGGGAACACGAAUUGCAACGGCAUCUGAAAAAGGGACCCUUAUAAGAAUAUUUGAUACUUCAUCAGGGCAUUUAAUCCAGGAGCUAAGAAGAGGAUCUCAAGCAGCUAAUAUCUAUUGCAUCAACUUCAAUCAGGACGCUUCUCUCAUCUGUGUGUCCAGUGAUCACGGCACUGUGCACAUUUUUGCAGCUGAAGAUCCAAAAAGGAAUAAACAGUCUAGUUUGGCAUCAGCUAGUUUCCUUCCAAAAUACUUCAGCUCCAAGUGGAGCUUCUCCAAGUUCCAGGUUCCAUCAGGCUCCCCAUGCAUCUGUGCCUUUGGAACAGAGCCCAAUGCAGUCAUUGCUAUCUGUGCGGACGGCAGCUACUACAAGUUCCUGUUCAAUCCCAAGGGCGAGUGUGUCCGGGAUGUGUGUGCACAGUUCCUGGAGAUGACCGAUGACAAGCUGUGACUCUGCCUGUGAGUGCAGCUGAUGCCACCACCCAGCCCUGUGGACUCCUGGGGCUGGUGCCAGUGCCCCAGGCCUGUGGGUGAUGGGCUCAAGGACCCUCUCGAGGACCUUGGUCUCGAAGCCAUACGUGGUUGUCUGCCUUCCUGAGCAAGGCUUCUCAUUCUCAUAUCAAAAGGACUCGUCCUCAUGGUUCUGCAGACUCUAUGGCUCUGAGCAUCUCGGUCUCUUGCUGGCCAUCACCCUUUAGUUCAGUUGUGAUGUUAGCAUUAGUGACACCACCACACCUUCAUGCCAGCAGGCUCCCUGCAGUCCCUGGGGAUUGUCCAAGCACGAGUCAGUGGAAGCUGGUAGGGAUGAAUGUGUCAGACUCACGUCCUACAUCACUCCAGAAGGGUAGAGAACCCUCUGCCACACGUGAGGAGCACUGUUCAGAGCACAUGCUUGGGGUUCUCACCAGACCUGCCAGAGAACAGGAUGAAUCACAUCCCGCUUGAGGCACAGUCCUCAGGCUGCGGGAGAGGCAGGGUCUCCUGGUUUAGUUUGGGUUAAAACAGAACUUCCCAUUACCUUUAGGGAACAAAGUAACACAUAGACUUUAAAAAUCACUUCCAGAAGAAAGCAUUACUUAACCUAGGGGCCUUCUCAGUGCAAUGUCCAUGUGCCUGUAGCUACCAGUUGUGUGAAGGGAAUUGGCUUUGCCUGUGGCGUCUAUCCUGUCUCAUCUCUCCCAACACCCACAGGAACACACGCUAGCAUUGGGGAUGGCAGGCACAUCCUGGUACUGACACAGGCCACAGGCUCCGUGUUUCUGUGCCACUUGAGGUAUAUGUUUAGUUUUUUACAUAUCUUCUAAGAAGCUCGGUUUUGCGGUUUUGAUUUCAGGUUGCAAACAUUUAAAUUGUGCCCAGCAGCAGGUUCUCAGUUCUGCCAGUUCCUUCAUAUUCCUGUAAUUGGCUAACUGUGGAUUUGAUGUCAAGUAUGCAUGUUACUUUAUGUGUAUUUAAUCAUGAAACUUAAUUUUGCACACUUGUUUGUACUGUUUCUUUGAAAUAAAAGUGACUAAUUUUGUUGUACUCUA